CUCUGAACCAAUCUAUCCAUUUCGUCCAAAGAAGCCAACCACUUCUCAACCGGCAUCAUGUCUUACCAGAAGGAUAAGGAGUUCGCCGAGGCUCCCAAGAGCCACCGCAUCCGUAUCACUCUCUCCUCCCGCAAGGUCGGCUCCCUCGAGAAGGUCUGCACCGAGCUCAUCGACCGUGCCAAGUCCAAGGACCUCCGCGUCAAGGGUCCCGUCCGUCUGCCCACCAAGACCCUGAAGAUCACCACCCGCAAGACUCCUUGCGGUGAGGGUUCCAAGACCUGGGACACCUUCGAGAUGCGCAUCCACAAGCGCCUCAUCGACCUCAACGCCCCCACCGAAGUCGUCAAGCAGAUCAUCGUUAACAUCGAGGCCGGCGUCGAGGUCGAGGUUACCAUUGCGGCGUAAAAGCCCAGCUCGGUGGUCUCUCUUUAGACUCCCCUCUCGCGGGGAUUAUAGCCAUGGGCGAUGGACGAGGACGAUGGACGAUGGACUGUUGCCUUUCUUUUCCGUCACGAAUACUGCGGGAGAAGGGGGAGGGACUCUUUCGUCCCAGUUGUGGUCUCCCGGGAUAUGGUUGGCCCUCUGUUGGGAAGAAGGCUCGACUACUGAAAUAGUUUGGCCGAAGCCAAUGCGAAUUAGAGAGCUGUCGUCGUAUUCUUCUUUUCUCGUUCUUCGCUUUCGUGAUUUCGUCGUGGUGUACUGUCAAACUGCAAAAGUGAACAAUGCGAAAUGUCACGAGGGCCAAGUAGAACAUCCAAGCUGGAGGGAGGACGUCAAGACAAAUACACCCACUGCCA